AACCAGUGAUUAAUCUUCUAACUAAAAAAAAAAAAAUUUUCCAUUACAGGUAGUCAUACUAUUUGAAGGUGAUCCAAAUUCAAAACUUUCACCCUGUUGCUUAUGUUCAGAACAAAAAGACAAUGAACUUGCCUCAACCAGUUUCAGGAAGGAGUUCAGCUGAGACAACAUGGGCUACAAAGCUCUGGGCACUGUGGUUGCUUUUCUUCUCCUAGCUUAUUAUGUAUAUUCACCGGUCCCAGAGAAUAUGGAAGAACCAUGGAAAAUCAUAUUCUUUAAUUCAUGCUGCAAAAUCUUUGUAAAACUGGGUCUUCUUGUUGAAAAGCUAGGGCUGAUGCACCAUGGUGAAUUUUUUUUAAUGACAACAAAUCUGCUGUAUACAGCAGCAAUUUCAGAUGAAAAUCUUACAGUGACUGAUACAACAUUUGUGGGUAUUCCCGUACGUUUAUAUGUGCCAACAAAGAAGGUGAAUGGGCUAAAGAGAGCUGUGAUUUAUAUCCAUGGUGGUGCUAUUUCCUUUGGAAGCCCUGCAAUGCUGCCUUAUGAUGUGCUGGCAAGAAAUUUAGCAGGCAGACUGGAUGCAGUCGUUGCAUCAUCUGACUACAGACUUACACCUAAAUAUCGCUAUCCAGCUCAGUUGGAAGAUAUCCUCAGCAUGACCAAGUUCUUUCUACAGGAUGAAAUUCUGGCAAAAUAUGGUGUCGAUCCCAGCAGAGUAUGCAUUUCAGGAGACAGCGUCGGGGCAACCGCAGCAGCAAUAGUAACUCAAAUUAUAAUGGCUGAUCCUGAAGUCAAAAAUAAACUCAAGAUGCAAGCUUUAAUUUACCCAUUUUUACAAAUGUUUCAUACAGACUCGCCAUCCUAUAGGGAAAAUGAACAUGGUCUUUUUUUAACAAAGCCACUGUUAAUGAAACUGAUGACUGAAGGCUUUGCCACUGAUGAAUCUCUUGAGCAGGCCUUUGCAGCCAACCAACACAUACCUGCCAAAUUUAGCCAUCUCUUCAAGUUUGUCAACUGGAGUGCCCUGCUUCCUGAGAAGUUUAAAAAAAAUCAUCUUUAUACCAACCCAACUUAUGGAAAUUCCAAAAUGCUAGAAAGGUUUCCAAAUAUUGUGGAUCACAGAGUCUCGCCUUUAUUGGCAAAUGAUUCAAUAUUGAGCCAACUACCAUUAACUUACAUCCUCACCUGUGAGCAUGAUAUCUUAAGAGAUGAUGGUCUCAUGUAUGCUGCUCGCCUGCGCAACAAUGGAGUCCAAGUUGUCCAUGACCACGUUGAGGAUGGAUUCCAUGCAAGUAUCUUCUUCAUUACGGCUCCUUUUGAUUUACGUGUUAGCUUUAAGAUAGUAAAUCUAUACCUUAAUGGGAUAAAUGAGAAUCUGUAA